AUGGCAUGGGGUUCAGAUGGACAGAAAAUUUGUAUAGCUUAUGAAGAUGGUUUAGGAAAUCUUUGCAUCAUAACAGACAUUACCGGCAUAUCCGGUUGCUGCGCGUGUCAGCGGUUGUAUGCAGUCCCUGUGUUGGGAGCAGCGCUUCACUCCCGGCUUUGGCCGUCAACCAUAGACACUUCAUAUACUUCGCGAACGUCAACCGGACCACAAUACGCCUACUAUGGUAAAACACGCUGGCCUAGUCUCUCGGAACUGAAUACUGUCAAUCCUUUUGGGAUACCCUCACUAUCAGGACGGUCUGGUAAGGAGGUCGUGAAGGAUAGUUCGUGUUGGCGUGCAGGUCGAAGCACAAGAACUGCGUUGGUUGCCGCGGCGUCGUCUGCGGGGGGUGGAGGACCCCGCCGCGCCUGCGCCCCGCCCCGCCGCCUGAUGGACGUCCUGCCAGCACUACACGAAACACAAACACUUACUAGGCAAGUACAGUAUCUUUAA